UUUCUAUGUCUAUUCUUUGUGUGAGUCGUCGCCAUUUUGUUCCAGGCUCCAGUGCUGCGCAGCAAGGAACCCGGCGGACGUGUUGUUCUCUUGUAGUGGGACAAACAUUUUAACCUUUUUUGUAAUACUGUAACUACCACGUAUGAAGAUGAAACUCGCAUUCGCCCAGUAAUUCUGGUAAUUCGUCUUGCCAAUAUAUUUAAUGUUUUAUAAUUUUACGUUUUAAAUAACGUGUUUUUUUAGCUGUUUAAUUACCUAAUUACAUUGUUCGAAAUGUCUGUCCUGGAUUGUACGAUAACAGUGCGGUAUGUUACUCAUCGAAAUUGCAAACCUACAUCGAGGCCCUCCAAGUUAAGAUGUUUUGGGGGCCUCUGGACAGAUGUGUCAAAUGUUACAAACUACAUACAGUUUAACAUUUUAUUAUUCCAAAUGAAAUACACAAAAUUGAAGCAAUGGGUUGAUAUCCAAACAUAUCAAGUAUUAUGAUCUGAUUGAGCUCCCAAUAAUGGAUUACACAAUACCCAGUUGUGUAGUCUGUUAUAGUCAAGUUCAGUUUGACCCAUGCUCUACAAUGUUUCCCCAACUCUUUUCCUCUAUCUCCAACAGUACAUAUUUAUGUUGUGGCCCUGGACAAGCACACCUGAUAUUACUUGUCAACUAAUCAUCCAGCCAUUGCUAAGUUGAAACAGAUGUUUUUGUCAGGGGCUACAACAAAAAUGUGUGCUGUUGGGGAUACUCCAGGACCGGAGUUGGGAAACAAUGGUUAAUCAUACGCUAUUGUGGAUGGUGUUGGCACAUCCUUGUCAUGUUAUACAUUUUCUCUCUUGAUGUUAACUACACUUUGGUGAGAAACUGCAGUUCAGAUACUGUGUUUGUGUGCAAGUCUUUCUCUGUCCUGUACUCUAACCAAUUUCUAUUCAGUUCUCCAGGGGAGUGUUUUUGUUUGAUUUAAAUCUAGGUUAAGAAGCAGCUUCUUGUCCGUUCCUGAAGAUCUUUGGAUGUGGGAUAGAGUUCAUUAUAAAGAAAGUAGAUUCCCAGAAGAUUUUAUGCAAAAUUCCCACCACUUUUUUUCCACUCCAAACUUUUUGCCUGCUGGAAUCCCUAGAUGCCCCACCCUUACUUAUAUUUUUCUACAGCAUCCUUUAUGCCAUCAAGUUUAAGAAGAAGUCGAAGAUUUUUCUUCCCCCCCCUCUCUUCACCCCAUUUUUUUUCUCUUUCAAAACCUCUCCUUUUUUCCUCUGGCUGUCUUUUUGGAUUCGCUUCUAUCUCACAUUCCCCCCAUUAACAAAAAAUAAUCUACAAAAGAAUGGACAUUCUUGCACCAUCCAUCUGUAAAUCUUAGCAGUCUGGCUGGAAGGAGUCAUAAGGGAGGUCAUAGGACGACGAGUGUCUCUGGACAAUCCCUUUUUCCUUUUAUCUCACGGAUCAAGUGUUCCUUCAGGACCUUUGUUGCCACGGAGACACCCUAUCAGAAGUGUGUGAGGAAAGGAGGAAUCUUCUUAGCCACUACAGCCUAGGGAGAGUCCUGUUGGCCCCGAAGAGAACAUCCCGGACGUGAAUCCAGUCCACCAUCCUGAACAUGACUAACCAUGGAGAUGACUGCUAUUUCUUUUACUACUCCAACUGCGCUAAGGGUGACAGUUGCCCCUUCAGACACUGUGAAGCCGCAAUGGGCAGUGAGGUCGUUUGCAGCCUGUGGCAGGAGAGCCGCUGUUUCCGACAGGUCUGCAAGUUCCGCCACAUGGAGAUCAAGAAAAACAGGAAGGAGAUUGCUUGUUACUGGGAGAACCAGCCUGCUGGCUGCCAGAAGCCGCACUGUGCCUUCCACCACGAGAAACCACGCUUAAUAGACGGCCAAUACGUACCGCCCAACAAAAGUUCGGUCCUGAAAGAAGAGGAGGAGCCUCAUGAGGAUUCUUUGCCUCCUGUACCCAUCCCCAGCCCAGCCAAUCCCCAGCUCCGUGGGGUCAUUAAGGCUGAGACUCAGGAGAAUGUUCCCAGCCCCACUCACCCGCCUGUGGUUAUUAACCCGGCAGAUGACGAAGAUGAGGAUGAAGAUGAUCAGUUGUCAGAGGGGGAGGACAGCAGGUCUGGCUCAGACGGAUCCAGAGUGGUCUCUCCCAGGAAGAUGGCCGUGGGCUCCACCUCAGAUGAUUCACUGGACUUUGGUGUCAGAACCUUGGAGGAGAUCAGACUGAGGAAAGCGCUGAAAGCCAGUAUGAGGAGAGCUGGUUAUCCAGUUCCUGGCCAGGGCUCAGAUCAGCGGAACAAUGGUGCCAGCGGAGAGAAGGAGAACAUGAGAUCCUUCAUCCGGCCAUCUCUCUUUACAGCCAAGGAUGACACUGUGGUCUUUGGUGAAGAGACCGUGAGACGCAAUGUUGCAGACAGGCUUGGGAAGAGAAUAAUAGUCAAAGAAGUUCCUGCCGGGGGUGACCUGCCAAUGAAACGCUGUCUGGCCGAGCGCCUCGGGAGGAAAAUGGACGAGGGUGAAAUGGACCUGCCGCCUCAGAAAGCUCUGAAACCUGUCAGGGAUAGAUUGGGAUUACCUGUUGAACCCACUUCUGCCUCUGAAUCAGCUGAGAACAACAGUGAGAAUACAGCACCGGAAAUAAUCCGCAUCAAAACCCUGGAGGAAAUCAGGGGGGAGAAGUUGGCUAAGUCCCAAGGACAAGCUCUGGGGGACCACCCUCUCCCUUCAACUCCUGAUACCACCAGUACCAGCAAGGCCCCAAAGAGAGGCACCACUGGCAAACCUGCAGUCAGCCUCCACGUGAAGACCUUCUCAGAGAUCCUCCACGCCAAGAGAAAGCUGGAGCAGGACCAGCAGCAAGGACCCAGCCUCAGAAAGGCCAUGCAGGAGGCUAUGGAAGCAUCUCCAGGGAACUCCCAGGCCCAGGGACCCACUGAGCCAGCCAUGCCCAGCCGGGGCGCACCUCCUGGAGGUGGAGUUAAGGUAAAGACCCUGGAGGAGAUCCGCAGGGAGAAGGCAGCCAAGAUGCAGGCCAGGGGACAGGAGGCGUCCAACAGAAAAAUCCCAGGCUCAGCCUCUGGAGAGGGAGGCACCAAGAAGCCCCUGGGACUGCGCAUCAACAAAGCAGCUUCUUCUGCUGCCAGCACUACCACCCAGAAGACAUCUGAGGUGACCGAGAAGAGGGAGUCUUCUGUUGCUACUGAGGCGAGCCCUGCUAACGGUAGGAGUGAUGCUGUGUCUGGUGACAGUGUGAAGGUGAAGACCUUUGAGGAGAUCAUGCGUGAGAAGAGGCUCCGCAGGCAACAGCUGCAGGAAGAGCAGGCCUCGUCCCCCAGCCAACCAGAGGGCUCUGCCGAGGCAGACUCUUUCCCAAAACAGGCCACAGGCCCCGCCCACCAGCGGGAGAAGAGGGUGUGUGUGAGCACCCCUGCCGCCUCCUCUCCCCCCUCAAUCACCCUGGAGGCACAUGCCCAGGCACCCAAAGCCCCCGUUCGCCAGCGCAUCACCCUCAAACCCAAGGUUGCCUCUCCUUUGCCCUGCGCCACCUCCCCCAACCAGGGGUCUCCACUGAGGCAGGCAGAGGCAGACUCCCCCUCACUCAGCCCCAGGAAUUCCAGCACUGCCCCAGGCAAGAGGAAGAGAGGCUCCCCAGGCGGUGCCAGUCCCCCAAAGCAGGCUGCCGCAGCAGCGGCCUCCCCUGGGCCCUCUGUGAAAGGUUCUCCGGUUGAGAAGGCUCAGGAUGGAGCCCAGAAGAAGUCCCCAGGGCAAGCUACUGAAGCUAAAGUGAGGCCCAAGCUGAACGUGAGGCCUUCUGUUAUGAAGCUGGCUGCCCAGGUGAAACCAGGCCAGAAGAGAACAUCCGCUAGAUCUGCUGUCGCUGCAGUCAAACCCCUCAAUAGCACCUAUGCAGUGCAGGAGGAGCCACUGCAGGAACUUCCCUGCAAACGGAGAGAGGUGUCCUCUACUUCCUCCAGUGUGAAGGUGCAGAUAAGCCCUGUGGUCUCCAGGAGACCCCCCACCAUCCCUGGCCUCAGCUCCAGCCCCCUGAGAGAGGAGUUCCAGGCAGUCCCUGUCAACCAACACAGCCCAGCCAUCACCACAGCAGCCCCAGAGACCUGCAUAGUCCCACAGAGCUCUGUGGUGAAUACACCCAUCCAGCCCAAGCCCCGGCGGCCCAGCGUUGCGAUGUCUCGCUCGGCCGCAACAGCCCCUUCCACUAGCUCCUCAACCUCCGCCAUGGAUGAAUUCGACGAGUUGAUGAACGAGUUCACAGAUGACCGUCUGGACGAUGACUUGGAGCUGGAUCCAGGCAAGGGAGAGGAUGACUACCUGCUGGAGCUGUCUGAGAUGAUUGACAGCUAGACUGGCCUACCUGAUACCCCCUACGUGACCCUUGACCAACGCCUAUGUUAAUGUCACCUGAUACCCUGUUCACGACCCCUGACCGACCUUUGACCUACAGUAACUCCUACAUUCAUCAACACCAAUAUAAUUUCAAAUGAUCACCAGAACUAAACACCAGUUGAACGUCAACCUAUUACCAGCGCAACUGGCUGGGUAUCACCUAUCACUGCCAUAGAGGGUUGAUUUGACAUGUCUUCAUUGAUUUGGGGAGGAUAUAUGUAUUUGUUACUGAUUCCCAACCACUGUCUAUCAGCCCAUGUCAUCGGAGUAGACUAAGGUUGCUACAAUAUGUCAGAGGGGACUGGUGGGCUUAUUUUAUUUUUCUUCAAUUAAAACACAUUGUAUUUUGUGUUUUAGAUGGUGUUGUUUUUACUCUUUUUAAUUCAUGAUUACCUUUUUUUUGUCCUGGAGAAACAAUCCUUCAUGUGUUUUAAUUUCUGCACCUUUUAUUAUUAUUUGAUUUACAGUGCUAGUGAUAUACUCGUAAGGAUUCUAUCUUUGUACAUUUUCCUUUUAUGCCCUUUUCUUUGUCCUGAAAGAGAACAUGAAAAAGCAACCGUUUGGAGAAUUACAUAAAAAAAAAAAAAAAUCUAACAUCCUCAGGUAAUUCCCCAUCUUGCAUUGUAAGGACAAAAGCAUGUUUUGCCUGUCACCUAUGGAUGUUAAAUCAUUGUUGCAGAAAGAGUGAAUUUGUGUACUGUGUAUGCCUAGACUGCUUUAAAUGGAGUAACAGUAACUACACAUUCUACUGCACUUAAAAUAGUUAACCUGCUUUGCCUCCUGUAUCUGUCAUGUCCCACAUCUACUGACUCAAACUAAUGUACAAAGUUUUUGUUCUCCUAGUUUUGGACUGAUCACGGUAAAUGUGGAACUGUUGGAACGGACUAAGUUGGAUUUGAGGUUAAUUAAAUAAGCAUGGAACGAUGGUUUGAAGUAUGAAAUUAAGGUGUGUACCAUUUUUGGCUGUCAAACUUAGCUUCUGUAAGACAAAACAGAAAAGCUAACUCACUGAAAUAUGUCAAUUUUUUAAAAUACACCGAUGUUCCUCUGUUUCUGCUCCGUGUAUUUUUGGUCCAAAGAAAUGUGUUUGGACCACAUUUUAACCUAUCCAAUUUAUCUGACCAUGACCCACUCAAAACAGUUGAAUAUGAAACAUUACUCCUUUCACUGUUCAACAUCCAGCUUGUUCGAUAUUUAACUUUUGUUACAAAUGUUUUUUUGCUCUUAAAAUGUGAAAAGCAGCUUCUCAGGGAGUACUUAUUUGCUGUCCGAGUUUGAACCUAUUUGUACUGUUCAUACACAAUGUUAUAAUUCAACAGACAAUUUCCAUUUUUCUCUGCUAGCAUGUGACAUUUCGUUGUUUGAGUACCUCCUGUUCCAUGUUGACUGUGAUCAGAUUAUAUAUGCUGAUCAGUUUUACGAUCUGGAGCGAAGAGCCUGUUGUGUAUCUGUACCUGCUUGGGCCUGUCCUGAUAUUCAUGAUCUAAAUCUCUAAAGGGCGUUGAAACUAAAUAAAAAUGCUUUUAUGAAAA